GAUUUCUUCCCAUCUCUGGACUCGGCGGUUGCGAGAGGGAACCCAAGGGUACCCGACGAUGGAGAUUGACGGAGAGAACCACACGGCGGCAGGCGGCGACUGCGACAGCGAUGGCUUCGAGCAGAUCUUGACUUGGGGGCGAAGGUAUCGAAUCUGGCAGAUCUUGAAAGAGCUCGAGGAUUUUUACUUCUCCACACAUUCCGCCAAGCCUUCUCCUUCUUCGUCAUCUAUAAUAGAUGAUCUAUUGAUGCAAUCGCCGGUGGGGUCGUCGAGGGACCGCCGGCGUUCUGCUCUAUCAUCGCCGAGAGACCGCCGCCAAGGUUCACCCCUCCACUAUUGAUUGUUGUGAGGUUCGAGUGAGCUAGGGUUUGACUAGAGAAAUGGGUAAAAGAUGUAGCGGGCUUGGGCAUGUGUGGGCUUGGGGUUGUGGGCUUAGGAUUUGGGUAAGUUCGGUUGGUCGGUUCGGAAAUCGGAAUUCAGUUUUGGUUGGGAAGACCCUGGCUCCCGAAGUAUUGGUUUUUGCCUUCCGAAUUUUGAACUGAACAAGGAUAGUUCGGUUUUGGUUCGGUUUAGUUCAGUUUCGGUCCGGUUCGGUUUGGUUUUACCGAACCGGAUGCCCACCCCUACUGGAAGGGGAAAUAAUAAUUGGGAGUGUUAGGUGGAUGAAUUUUAUAAUUAUUCUCUUUAUCUCUGGUUGGGCCUAAUCUGUCUAGUUUUAACCGUGAAUCAACGAUGAAAACGCGCCACAUCACUAAACUCUGUUCACGGACUGAGGUCUGAGUUCACGGUCUUACGACCGUGAACUGGCUUGUAACCUAGUGAAACCCUUAUGUGCUCUGGAUGUAUGGUAGUUUGCGGGGAGCGACUCUAGUUCACAGUCUUAGUGACCGUGAACUGCUGUUAUUUCCACCGUUUUACUUGAUCUUUCGCCCUUCCGUCCAAUUUUUGACCCGAGGGUUGGUUCCACCUGCCAAAACCCGAAACAUACCAAAACAAGACACAACCCGGCGUAAACCAAACCUCUUGGAGUAAAAAUGCUUCAAACGACUAAGCAAACUGGGGGUAAAAAGUGUACAAAUAAGCCCGAAUCAACAAUAACUAACAAAUGCUUCAUCUCGACACACCGAAAAGGUAGGAUCUUCAAGUCCAUUGAAUUUGGGAAAUUCGAUCUUCAACCUUGGCACCUGCGACUGAUUCCUUUGGUUGAUUCGUGUCCCUUCAUUAACCCUGGAAGCAGGCUGAGCAAUCUAAUCGAACCGAUUAUUCAUCAGUGCAAAACUUUCUUGCAUCUCCCUCAACACCAUCGCUUGUGUGUUCAUCAUAUCUCUGAAGUCAGCUUCGAGUCGGCGACACGAUCUUCCAUUAUUGCAACAGUGGGUUUUGGCAUUGAUACCAAGAUGUUGUGUGCUUUUGCGUAGGACCUUGUAAUCGAUCUAUCAAUUCCCGGCCAAGGACUCGGUAACGGCAAAAGCCCUUUGUCUCAUUUGGGAGCUAUGGUUAUCGGCGAUGGUGAUUAAGAAGUAGAAUAGGAAAAGAAGAACAGUUACACUACAAAGACAGAAUAUGAGGAAGAAUAGAAAGGAAAAGAGGUUGGAAAAGUGAAGAAAGUGAUGAGGACAUCAAGGGGCCAAUCACUCAAGCUAAGGCUAAGGCAUUCAAAGAGAAGUUUGCUACUUAUUUGGAGUGCUACUUAACGGGUUUGCUUAACGGGUCCAGCCUUAACGAGUUUGCUUAAUGGGUUUGCUGGGCUAUUUUCGGGUUUCCUUGUUUUAAAGUCGGUUUAGAAUUGUUUUUCCAUGUUGGAGUCGGAUUUGGGUUGUACUUUGCGUAUUUAAAGGGCUGAACACGUUGGUUUUGCUUUUAGACAAUUGUCACCAAACUUCUGAUUUAUUCAAGGCUUUUGCCGAGUACUCCUUUGAGGUUUUAGCCCUACUUUCUUCCAUUGAGUUAUUCUGGAGAGAGCUAGUGCAACUCUUAUCAAUCGGAUAUCCACUUCGGCUGUGGCGAGUUCUACCCUUUCAAUUGCCCUUUACUUCUAGUUGGGAUUGUGCGAUUGGUUUGACAUACCAAUUGCCCCUUUCCACAAGCAAGUUCUGUCCGAUUGGAUUCCAUCUUUAUCCUUGUUCUUGAUCGAGUGAAAGCUGCGUGACUUUGAUUGUAUCAAGUGGUAUCAGAGCUCGGUUCAAGUCAGCGGCGGUUAUCUUGAUUCUUGACGGCUAUCUUGAGAUUCUUGACGGUUAUCUAGGGUUUCUUACACAAAUCUUGCGUGUUCUUGAAGUUAUCUUUGAGAGGAACUAGACUUGAAGUGGUUCUUGGAGCCUGAUCUUAUUUUCUUGUGCGGUUGGAGGCCUUUCUUGUGCGCCAAGAUGGAGGAUAGAGUCGAGGCUUUAUCCACUCAAUUGGGGCAACUUCUGCAAGCCCUAGAAAUCCAAAGAGCCGAGAACAAUGAUAGGAUGGCAGCUAUUGAAUCUCGACUUCAAGCACCUCAACCACAACUUGAAGUGGAAGCAAACCCAAACCCUAGGGUUCAACGAGAAGACAGAAGAGAAAAUCGAGCACCCCCACCAUUGUUCCAUGAAGUGCAACGCCACCAAGCAAAUAGAAGGGUGGGAAUGCCGCGAGUAGUAAGGAGAGAACGAAGACCUCUUCGUAAUGAAGGGUUCGAGGGGUUUGAAGAGGAUGAGGAUGAGUUCGAGCAAGAAGAAGAAGAAGAUUUUCGAAAUUUGAAGAUUUCCAUUCCUCCUUUUUGUGGUACUACAAACCUUGAUCAUUAUCUUGAUUGGGAGAGGAAGGUGGAGCUGAUUUUUGAUUGUCACCGUUAUUCCGAAAAGAAGAAGGUGAUGCUUGGUGCCCUAGAGUUCUCGGAGUAUGCUCUUAUUUGGUGGGAUCAAUUGAAUACGAAGAGAAGAAGAAACAAGCAGCGACCUAUUGAGACUUGGUACGAGAUGAGAAGCAUUAUGAGAGAGAGGUUUGUGCCUAGCUAUCAUCAAAGGGAGAUGCACCAGAAUUUACAACUUCUGCGGCAAGGCACAAGGAGUGUGGAAGAUUAUUAUCAAGAGAUGGAGACCUUAAUGAUCCGUGCCGAUGUGAAUGAAGACAGGGAGGCCACCAUUGCUCGUUUUCUGCAAGGUCUCAAUAGAGAUAUUCGAAAUGUGGUAGAGAUACAAUCCUUCAUUGAACUGGAGGAGUUGGUAUUUAUGGCGGCUAAGGUGGAAAGGCAGCAAAGAACUCGUCGAAUUCAGCCUUUUAACUCUACUCCACGACCUAUGCCAAGUACUGCCAAUAAUUCUAGGCCGAGCCUACCUUUCAUGGAAGGUCCGAAACCUACUGCCAAGGUGGAAGGAUCCAGUAGGAAUGUGAAGCACGGUGGAUCAUCAGGUGGCAUUCAAUGUUUUAAGUGCCAUGGAAGAGGACAUGUAGCUAGCCAAUGUCCCACGAAGAAUACAUUGGUUCUCUUGGACAAUGGAGAGUAUGUAUCUUAGGAGGAAGAAGAUGAUGGAGACGAUGUAGUUGGUUCACAGGAGUCGGAAGUGGAUGAGUCUAUAGAGAUGGAGCCACCUACAGGAGGCCUAAUCCGAAGUUGUGUUACUAGGAGGGUGUUAACUGCACAACCUCAGAGUGAACUGGAGCAGAGAGAGAACCUUUUCCAUACUCGGUGUAAGGUGAAGGGGGAGCUGCUGUCUUUGGUUGUGGAUGGAGGUAGUUGCACCAAUGUGGUGAGUGCAGGAGUAGUGAAGGCACUCGGGUUGGAUACUGUGAAGCACCCAAAGCCCUAUAACCUUCAAUGGUUGACUGAUCAUGGAGCUAUCAAGGUGACUCGACAGGCUCUCAUGAAAUUCGAAAUUGGGAGUUACAAGGAUGAGAUCCUAUGUGAUGUGGUGCCAAUGCAAGCGGCACACAUGCUAUUGGAUAGGCCAUGGCAGUUUGAUCGCCAAGUUCAACAUGAUGGAGUGUCCAAUAAGUACCAGCUGCGGCAUGAAGGUCAGAAGUAUGUAUUGAAACCUCUUUCCCCUUUGGAAGUGUAUGGAGACCAGCUUCAAAUGAAGCAAGGCCGAGAGAAAGCAAGGAAGGCGGUGGCUGAAGGGAAAUUGAAGCAAGGAGGGAAUUCCCUUGAGAAUUCGAAAGCAGUAAUGAUAGAAAGAAGCAUUGAUCUGAAGCAGGCCAUUAAUAACCAUGAUCCCAUGAUUUUGGUUCGAUUCCGAGAGGUAUUAAUCAAUCAAGAGCUCUUCCAAGAUGUUCCUCAAGUGGCUAGAGAGGUGUUGACUGAAUUUGAAGAUGUAUUUCCUGAGGAAACGCUUAUGGGGCUGCCACCCAUUCGUGGUAUUGAACACCAAAUUGAUUUCGUUCCUGGAGCUACCAUUCCAAAUAAACUGCUUAUAAGACGAAUCCUGAGGAGGGAAAGGAGCUUCAACGACAGAUUGAUGAGCUUAUGGCCAAAGGGUAUGUUCGAGAAAGCUUAAGCCCUUGUGCAGUUCCUGUUAUUCUUGUGCCGAAGAAGGAUCAAUCUUGGAGAAUGUGUGUCGAUUGCCGAGCUAUCAACCAGAUAACAGUUAAGUAUUGAUAUCCCAUACCACGUUUGGAUGACAUGCUUGAUGAGUUACAUGGUUCUAUGAUAUUUUCUAAGAUUGAUUUAAGGUCCGGUUAUCACCAAAUUCGUAUGAAGGAGGGUGAUGAGUGGAAAACCGCGUUUAAGACCAAGUAGGGUCUUUAUGAGUGGAUGGUGAUGCCUUUUGGGCUUACUAAUGCGCCGAGCACUUUCAUGAGGUUGAUGAACCAUGUUAUGGGGCCUUUCAUUGGGAAGUUUGUGGUUGUUUACUUCGAUGAUAUUCUGAUAUAUUCUAAAUGCUUGGAAGAUCAUCUGGAUCAUCUGAGACAGGUCUUGGCGACAUUGAGGAGAGAGGAGUUGUAUGCUAAUUUGAAGAAGUGCACGUUUUGCACCUCUAGUGUGGGUUUUCUUGGUUUUGUAGUGAGUGCAGAUGGAGUCAAGGUGGAUGACGAGAAGGUUAAAGCUAUUCAAGCUUGGCCUACUCCCUCGAGUGUAAAUGAAGUAAGGAGUUUCCAUGGCUUGACUGGUUUUUAUAGGUGCUUUGUUCCUCAUUUCAGCACUAUUGCCGCACCUUUGAGUGCUGUGAUCAAGAAGAAUGUUGCUUUUUCGUGGGGAGAAGAGCAGGCUAGAGCUUUUGAGCUGCUCAAGCAUAAGCUUACACAUGCUCCUGUUCUUGUUCUUCCUAAUUUUGAUAAGACUUUUGAAGUUGAAUGUGAUGCAUCUGGAGUGGGAAUUGGUGCAGUAUUAAUGCAGGAGAAGCGUCCCUUUGCUUACUUCAGUGAGAAGUUAAGUGGAGCAGCAUUAAACUAUCCUACCUAUGACAAGGAGCUUUAUGCUCUAGUUCAAGCAUUGGAGACUUGGCAGCAUUAUCUGUGGCCAAAGGAGUUUGUUGUUCAUACUGAUCAUGAGUCAUUGAAGUACUUGAAGGCUCAGCAUAAGCUCAACAAGAGGCAUGCGAGAUGGGUUGAGUUUAUUGAAUCUUUUCCCUAUGUGAUUAAGUAGAAGCAGGGGAAGGAUAACGUGGUUGCCGAUGCUUUAUCUCGUAGACGUGUGCUUAUUACUACUAUGGAUGCUCGUUACUUGGGUUUCGAGCAGAUCAAGGAGCUAUAUGCAGAAGAUGCUGACUUUGGAGACAUAUUUCGAGCUUGUGAGAAGCAUGGAGCAGGGAAGUUCUAUAGGAGUGAUGGUUAUCUCUUUAAAGCCACUCGGCUUUGCAUUCCUAGAGCUUCACUUCGAGAAGCCCUUGGAGGUGGUUUGAUGGCACAUUUUGGGGUGGAUAAGACCCUCAGUUGUCUGCAGGAACAUUUCUAUUGGCCUCAUAUGAAGUGAGAUGUGGAGAACUUGUGUGCUCGUUGUGUGGAGUGCAGACAGGCUAAAUCCAAAGCUCAACCACCUGGGUUGUACACGCCCUUGCCUAUUCCAUAUGUACCAUGGAUUGAUAUCUCCAUGGACUUUGUGCUAGGGCUGCCGAGGACCAGAAGAGGGAGGGAUUCCAUCUUUGUAGUUGUGGAUCGGUUUUCUAAAAUGGCUCAUUUCAUUCCUUGCCAUAAAACCGAUGAUGCUGUUAACGUUGCUGAUUUGUUUUUCAGAGAAGUGGUGAGACUGCAUGGUAUGCCGAGGUCCAUAGUGUCUGAUCGAGAUGCUAAGUUUCUCAGUUAUUUCUGGAAGACCUUGUGGAGCAAGUUGGGCACGAAGUUGUUAUUUUCCACUACUUGUCAUCCACAGACCGACGGCUAGACUGAGGUGGUGAACAAGACUCUUUCACAGAUGUUGAGAGCUGUGAUUAAGAGUAAUCUCAAGACAUGGGAAGACUGCUUGCCUCAUGUCGAGUUUGCUUAUAAUCGCAUGGUCCAUUCUACCACCAGGUUUUCUCCAUUUGAGCUUGUGUAUGGCUUUAACCCUCUUACUCCUUUGGAUCUAGUGCCUUUGCCUUUGAAGGAACAAGUGAAUAUGGAUGGUGUGAAGAAGGCCGAGAUGGUGAAGAGUUUACAUGAGAAGGCACGGCAGAACAUAGAGAGGAGGACUGAGUAGAUCAUGAGAAAUGUGAAUAAGCAUAGGAAGCCUCUGAACUUUGAAGUGGGAGAUUGGGUAUGGAUUCAUAUGAGGAAGGAGAGGUUCCCACAGCAGAGAUGAUCCAAAUUGCUGCCUAGAUGUGAUGGUCCUUUUCAAGUGCUUGCAAAGGUGGGGCCGAAUGCUUACAAGGUUGAUUUGCCUGGUGAGUUUGGAAUCAGUGCUACUUUCAACGUGGCUGAUCUUGCACCUUACCUAGAUGAGAACUCGGAUUUGAGGUCAAAUCCUUUUGAAGAGGGAGGGACUGAUGAGGACAUCAAGGGGCCAAUCACUCGAGCUAAGGCUAAGGCAUUCAAAGAGAAGUUUGCUACUUAUUUGGAGUGCUAUUUUCGAGACAUGGAUGUGGAGUUGCUGAAGUCCAAAGCAUAUAUGAUGAUUCGAGUGGAGGAAGAAGGAGGAAGUGCUGGAGAGAAGGCAGAAGGCAGAUUGGAAGAAGAAGUCUUAACGAGUCCAGCCUUAACGGGUUUGCUGGGCUAUUUUUGGGUUUCCUUGUUUUAAAGUCGGUUUAGAAUUGUUUUUCCAUGUUGGAGUCGGAUUUGGGUUGUACUUUGCGUAUUUAAAGGGCUGAACACGUUGGUUUUGCUUUUAGACAAUUAUCAGCAAACUUCUGAUUUAUUCAAGGCUUUUGCUGAGUCGUCCUUUGAGGUUUUAGCCCUACUUUCUUCCAUUGAGUUAUUCUGGAGAGAGCUAGUGCAACUCUUAUCAAUCAGAUAUCCACUUCGGUUGUGGCGAGUUCUACCCUUCCAAUUGCCCUUUACUUCUAGUUGGGAUUGUCCGAUUGGUUUGACAUACCAAUUGCCCCUUUCCACAAGCAAGUUCUGUCCUAUUGGAUUCCAACUUUAUCCCUGUUCUUGAUCGAGUGAGAGUUGCGUGUCUUUGACUGUAUCAGAAAGGUAGAACAAGAGGAAGUGGCUGGGUUGGAACAUAGAAUUAGAUAAAAACAAGUGAGGAGAAGAUAAUGGCAGAAUUGGGGUAGGAAGAAUAUGAAGCAGAGGGAAGAAGAAGGGAGAGAGAGAUAAUAGGCUCAAAGCCUCCAAGAUUUCUUAACAAUAUUAUUCCAUAAUUCCCCCAUCAACAUAAUCUUGCACUUAAAUAAUAAAACAAAACCUAACCACUCUUCUAAUCCUACUCCACGUCUAGGGGUAGGUGGAUCAUAACCCUAGCAACUAACAAUACUAAUAAUUCAAAUUAAAAUUUAAAAAUAACCAAAUUUCACGUGACACACCCAUCUAUCCGUCGUCCUCUUCCUUUCCACAGAAUUCCCCGCCGGCGCCGCAACUUCGCCACCAACAAGAAGGUUUCCCGGGCGACCUGACUGUAACGGUAAUUGGGUAUCAAGUUUCAUAAGUUGGUUUUUCCUUCUCCGGCCAAUCUUCCUUCAUCGUGGGUCUUCAUUCUCCGUCCCCAGCAACGGACUUAUUAUAGCUAUAGAGCAAACAAGAAAUGCCAAAAUAGUAUACUUCCCGGAGGAGACCAGGGACCCAUGGAAAUUGGGAACAAGCAGGCGAGCUCUCUUCGAUGUGGAUUGAUCAUGUGACGAGCCUUCCUAGCAAGAUGCCAUGAAAUUCUGCUCAUGUUUCAUUUGCAGCUUACGUCCGAAUUGCAGAGUUUUGGAGCAAUUGAACGGUUCUGGUUGCUACUUUGCCUAAUUUUAAAGAGUUUCGAUCUCUCUUAGUCCUCCCCCCGAAUCCCCAUUACCGGUAACCUGAGUUUUUUUAUUUCUGUAUAUGGUAUUUUAUGUGCUAUGAUGGUCCGGUCAGGUCAUUGUGAUAACCUUAUUUGUGAAGUUUUGAAAUGUGGUUUUGUGAGUUUCAGAUCAUUGGAGUUGGUGGGUAUUGGACUAUUGGUCCAUUUUGAGAUCUUUUCCUGAAUUCAGCUUAGAAGAUCUUUGAAACCCGUGAUCAAUGUUACUAUGUUGGUGCAUUUUGAAGCUUUGGCUACUUGAAUAUGAAGAAGAGAAUAGUGGAGCAACAUAUAUAUUUUUUAGGAAUUGAGGAUGACCCAGGUAAAUUUAACUUUCAAGGAAGGUUGAACAUUGAAACUUAUAUUAUCUCUAUAAAUCAGUACCAAAUUGAAUCUAUGCCAAGGCACGGGGUUGUUCCAGUUUGGAAUACACAACUUAUAACUCUACUACGUCUAACUUAGCUAUUGUUUGAACUUUUAUUUAUGCUUUUAAUAUAAUUUGUUUUGCUUGCUAUAAUUUCUGGUGCAGCAUUGUAUUGGUUUUUUUUCACAACUUUGAUGCAUUUUCAUCACUCUUUUCUUGCAAUCACACUCCUCAGAACACACUCUUUGGAUUGUUGUUAGUAUUAUCUCAAUUUCAAUUUGCUACUGCAUAUAGUAACAAGGUUCAUUGCAAGCUGCACUAUCCGUAGCUCAGCUCUCCUCCUCUGAUACACACAACUUUUUUAAAUCCAAUAAGCUAGGGAAAGUGGCUUGGCCCUGUCUAUAAGUUUUAUUUCUCUCCUCUUUACAUAAGAACUAAUGUAUUACAGUUUCAGUAUGAGUGUACUUAUCUUUAUAUUUUGAUAUUGAGCAAUCAUGUAUGACAGUUUCAUUUUCCACGUCCAAAAGAUUUCAUCAUUGAUUGAACGGUAGAGUCAGGUGGCGAAGAGGGCCACAAUAUUGACCACCUUCACUGCAUCUAUCAAUUGGAAGGCAACUCUCAAGGCAAUAAACUUCGUUCUGUCCA